CUGACGCAUGUCUACACAGGACUAGAGCAACAGCGCAUCUGAGGUGCCGUAUAUAGAAGUGCUGCAUCAUGCAUCGGAUGUUCAAUAAGUUCUUGAGUUUCAAUGGUCUAACUGAGAGCCAGGCCUACCUCCCAGCUGCAAGCCCAGGUCCUGAAUUUGAUCACCCAUGGCGGCCAGUGACAUGGAGUGAAGAUAACAAGAGUCAGAUGUUGAAAAAACUGAAGGAUUUCCAGCCGAGCACUGAAGAAAUCAGUGAGAUUAAGAUUCUGCUUCACGGCCCAAUCGGAGCAGGAAAGUCGAGUUUAAUCAACUCCAUCAACACCGUCCUCCAAGGAUACAACGCCAUCGGUGCACUGGCAGAUUCAUCAGCUGGUAAAAGUCAGAGCUUCACUUUAAAGUUUAAAACGCACAGGCUGAAGAAAGAUGGUCCUCGGUCUUUCUAUCCUUUUGUCUUUACUGACAUCAUGGGUCUGGAACCAGAGAAUGGAAGUGGAGUGCAGGCUGACGAUAUAAAAAGUAUAUUACUGGGUCAUGUGAAAAAUGGCUACACUUUCAAUCCUGUAAAACCCAUUGAUAAAGGCGACCCGAAGUACAUCAGCAACCCCAGCCUGAAAGACAAAGUGCACUGUCUGGUGAGUGUUCUACCAGCGGACAAAAUCUCCCUCAUGAGUGAGGACGUUAUCCAGAAAAUGAGAGCUGUUCGGGAAAAAGCUCGUGACUUGGAGAUUCCUCAAGUGGUCGUCAUGUCGAUGGUGGAUAAAGCAUGCCCUCUGGUUAAGGAGAACCUGAGUAAGAUCUACACCAGCAAAAAAAUUAAAGAGAAGAUGGAGGAGUGCAGUCAUAAACUGGGAGUCCCGAUGAACUGCAUCUUUCCUGUGCUGAACUACCAUGAGCAGGUUACCAACGACACGGACAUGGAUCUUCUGAUUCUCAUGGCGAUGACUGACAUCAUUAGAUUCGCCAAUGACUAUGUUGAAGACCAGGUUUACAGUGAAUAAGUUCCUCAUGUGUCCUGUUCAGUCUCCAGCAGAGAAGCUUCAGGAAUUCACAAUAUAAACAGAGAUGUACUUUAUUAAAACAGCAUGCUUGAUUUUCUCACUUUAUUAUGCAGUUAUUAAACUGUAUUCUCUUUACCACUUGUAUUAUUAGUUUAAUGAAGAUCACUUUAAGAAUGAAUUUUCCUAUAUUGCUAUACUAAUAAGAUGGAUGUAAUUAAUGGGAGACAGUAAUCUGGAGUAAUCUUUGUCUAUUGUCAUUAUGGUAUUAUGGCUUUAUAUAGAUCAUUGUCACAUGGAUGCCAGAAUAAUGUCUCACUACAUUUCCCUGAAUACAGCGUGGCCUACAAACAUGGCUGGUGAGGACUACAACACCCAGACUCUCUUACAUUCACACUCAGCAUGUUACUGAUCUCACACCUGGACUCAAUCACCUGCACAGCAGCACAGAGUUUGAAAGGUCUCUCAGUUCACACAUGCAUUGCGAAGUAUAUGCUCUGUGUCAGUUUGUACCAGUCUAUACCAAGCCUUUCGAUCCUGUGAUAGUCUUCCUUGACAGUUUUUUAAAAUCUUCUGGUUUUCUUGUUUGUUCUGGCCUGCCCUAGUUUCAGUUGUUUCCUCAUCUCCUGACCCUUUGCUUGUUUUUUGACAUUGCUUUUGGAUUACGUCUCUGUUUACUACGCUUAAUAAAACCAUUGAGUA